CGUGGGGGAAUAUUCGUCUGUCGCUGAAUGUGUGUCUGCGAGUUUGCGAAAAACACUUUCAAGCGGUGAAACAACUUGUAGACUUGUCCCGUUGAUCAGAUUCGACCGUUGCCGUUGAGAAGUUCUCCAAGGGCGCAUUAGAUAACUCGCUGACAACAUGUCGUCAACUUCACAGAAGCACAGGUCGUUUGUAUCCGAACCCAUGGGCGAGAAGCCGAUCACGGAUGUUGCCGGCAUCGGAGAGGUCCUCGGCAAGCGUCUCAUCUCCAAGGGUUUCGACAAAGCCUACGUGUUGCUUGGCCAGUUCCUGGUCCUCAAGAAGAAUCAAGAGCUCUUCACCGAAUGGCUGAAAGAAAUAUCCGGAGCCAACGCAAAACAGUCGAAUGACUGCUUCCAGUGUUUGAAAGACUGGUGCGACGAGUUCCUCUAAGGCGGAUGAUCCCGAACUCGAAACUCGCGCGAGAGAAGAUUUUUUGACCUGUCCUUCAGACACGGAGACUUUUCUUAGGGUGCAGGAUACAGUCUGGAUGUUCCAGCUCGAUGCCUUGCUUACCGAUUGUAAAAACGGAGGUGAAUGAUAACUUUAAGCCAUGUUACAUACAGAUUCUCAUAACCGAAAAUGUUCCCUAAUACGCGAACCAUACCCGCUGAUCCCAUGGUCCACCUACAUUCGAGUUGAUAUUUCGGAUACAGUCGAAUAAAAAGUUUGGAGCCACGUUUUGAAAC